AUGGAUUUCACCGCCACGAUACCCGACGAGACGCUCUCCCACAUCUUUUCUUGUGUUCGUCUGAUUGAACCGUUCUCUCGCGAUCGUUCUCCCAGGUCGCGCUCGGUUGCAGAGACCAGACUACUAGGGUGGAUAAAGAUUACUUUCGUUAAUCGGCGCUGGCGACGAGUGGCGAUCGAUAACUCCACCUUCUGGACGCAGCUGGACGGCCAACUCGGACCUGCCUGGUACAAGGAGUUCUUACGCCGCAGCAAAGAUGCGCCUCUUGCCAUCGAUGACGACUUCCGACCCAACAUAGACGGACCGUCGAAAGAAUCCUUUCGCAAGUUGAUAGCCACGCAACGCAAGCGGAUCAAAUCCUUGCACCUGAAUGCAACGCUAAGGGACGGUCUCCCGACCGUCGACCGACUUAUUUCAUCCGAGUACGAGCGCCUGGAAGAGCUCAACCUCUCAGUGUCAGAUACCCGUUCCCCCUCUACCGUCGCCCUAAUUGGCCGCUGCAACUCUUUGCUUGAAAAAGCACCUCGUCUUGUUCGCUUAUCCUUGGCUCUUCCUGACGUACUUUUGGGAGAUAUAGCUUGGACAAUCCCCUGCUUCACGCAGCUGGUGUCGCUGAACCUGUACGGCAUGGUGUCGACGUUAUUCGCCCCCAAAAUCCUGGAUGCCCUGAGCCAGAUGAACGCUCUCACUCGAUUAACACUCACGGAGUCGACGAGGGGUCUCUCUCUUCAUACUCCCACUCCAAUCUCAUGCGACCAUCGCUGUUCUGGUUCACCGGAGGAUAUCAUACAUCUCAAGCAAACACAUUCCGUCAUCAUGGAAGGCUCUAUCGAACUUCUCAUACAUCUAUUGCGCCACUUCCAGAUACCUCCGCAUGCUCGCAUAGCGCUCGUUCGGCGUCCCACCAGUUCAUCCACAUCUCUUGAGCCGGGCACAUCUGAGGCGUUCACUCAAGCAUUGUACGGCUUGUGCGCAUCCCAGUUACAUACGACUUCAAUCCUCUCGGCGCAUAUCUCCUUCGACGAUCCAUCCUAUGGAGAAGCACCUGCAAGCUUGAGCUUGAGCCGCGGCCUUCGACCCAGCUCUCCAUUUGCCGAGUUGUCAAUGCGCAGGAGCAAGCAUGCACCACUCAGCGGGAACGACAUCAUCUUGCAAUGGAUGGACGCUGCUACCUUGGCCGGUAUCAUAGCCCCACAGAACACCGACUUAGUCCGUGCUCUGAUCCUGCACGACGCAGGACUCGCCGCCAGAUCAACACACUCAUUGCUGCACAAAUUCACGGGCGUGGAGCGCUUGUGCUUCCGAACGUCGGGACCCAGCGGGGUCCCACUUCACGGCCUGAAGCUCCUGAUGGACGCUACACUUCUCCCGAAGCUACGUUUCGUGGCGCUAGGCGCGCAGGAGUACACCCUCUCCGCUAUCCUCACCUGCUUUGCCCCCGAUGGACCGCACCGGGGACUUGCAGCUAAGCGCUUUCCCGCGCUCGAAAACGUUCUGGAGGCAAGACGUGCAUCGGGCAAACCUCUGGAGGCGAUCUACCUGCAUGUAGCCGAUGAGGUAGUGCUUGUGGAAGAUGGAAGGAUCGGAGAGACGAGUUGCCCGAACUACGAACCAGAGCUCGUACUCGAGUCCGUGCGGCAGUUGCGAAAGGUGCAGGGGGUGGAGAUCGUUGGCAAGGACUUUGAUGUCUUCGGAAUGUAG